CCGGCUAGGUCUCAAGAUGCAAGGUUUUGGUCCUGGGAAGCUCUUGCUCCCCCAAUGUCGUCAUUGCGGCGGCGUUUGCAGAAGUUCGGCGCACCAGGACUCCGACAUUUGGAUGCCAUCCGUGUUUGCUUCCUCGCGUUUCAAUUCCCUUGGACAGAUACGUAAUUUUAGAGGGAAGAUGAAUGGAGACAAAAAGUGGAGAUCUUGGAUGGUCUUGUGUGUCGGCCCACGGUCGAUCCCUAUUCAGUAAGAGUAUUUCAUCCUGUGCUAUGAACAUUGUUAAAGCAAUUGUUCUCCACCGUGAUCCUAGUGAUUUUUCUAUUGGUGUUAGUUGCUAUCUCCACUGAAAAAAAGCAUUGCGAUAAAAGGAAGCACUAUUACACAAUGACUGAGAAGAUUCAGAGCUUCUUAGUGUCCACUUUGAGCUCUUGCUGGACGAAAACAAAGGCAAAGAAAUUAAGAAACCAUCUUCUUCGACUCAUUUUCAACCUUCUCAUUAUAUUAGUCUUCUGCAGUGAGGAUCCAUUCCAUUGAACUCCUAUGAGGAUAUGGAAUGGCUCAUAUGGAAGUGAACUCCUUGACCCAUUGAUUCACCUUGCCAACGAGGUUGGCAUUGAAGAACGCAUUGACCAGGCUAUCAAUGUCAAUUUAUCGGUCAAUGAGGCUAAUCAAUGGAUCGCUGUUCCAGGGCCUGUCAUCGUCGGUGCUGGGCCAUCGGGGCUUGCUGUCGCUGCAUGUCUCAUGGAGAAGGGCAUCCCGAGUGUGAUCCUAGAGCGAUCUCACUUCAUUGCCUCACUUUGGCAGCUGAAGACCUAUGACCGCCUCCACCUCCACAUCCCGAAGCACUUCUGCCAGCUCCCUCUCAUGCCAUUCCCUGAAAGCUUUCCUACAUACCCCAGUAGAGCACAGUUUGUGAGAUAUCUUGAGGCUUAUGCAAGACGGUUCAACAUCAGGCCUGUGUUCAACUCCACAGUUGUGAGUGCAGAGUUUGACCCGAGAAGUGAGCUGUGGAGAGUGCACACUGUGGGAAGUGAUGGAAGCCUGACCAAGUAUGUGAGCCGGUGGCUCGUUGGAGCAACUGGAGUCAAUGCUGAAGAAUCGGUGCCAGGGAUUGGUGGCAUGGAUGAAUUUAAAGGCCCCGUGAUCCAUACAAGUUCGUAUAAGUGUGGCGAAAUCUUUCAGGGACAACGGGUGCUUGUUAUUGGUUGUGGAAACUCUGGUAUGGAGGUUUGCUUGGACCUUUGCAACCAUAAUGCACGUCCAUCAAUGGUCGUAAGAGAAGGGGUGCAUGUCUUGCCCAGGGAAAUACUAGGCUGGUCCACCUUUGGUCUUUCCUCUUGGCUCCUGAAGUUCCUACCGGUUCGGGUGGCAGAUCGCUUUCUUUUGUGUAUCUCCAGGUUAAUGCUAGGCAACACUGAGCUGCACGGCCUCAAGCGACCCAAGCUGGGACCUCUUGAGCUUAAGUCCCUCUCUGGCAAGACGCCGGUCCUGGACGUUGGCGCGCUAGCUAGGAUUAAAUCCGGUGAUAUCCAGAUUUUCCCUGCUGUGAAACGACUGACGGCACAUGGAGCAGAGUUCGUGGAUGGAAGACUGGAGUCCUUCGACACCAUCAUUCUUGCCACGGGCUACCGAAGCAACCUGCACACUUGGUUAAAGGGAGGAAGAGAGCUGAGCAAAGGUUGGAAGUGGGAGAGGGGGCUUUACAGUGCUGGAUUCUCGAUGCAGGGCUUGAUGGGGGCUUCCGUCGAUGCGCAAAAGAUCGCUGAUGAUAUUGGGCGAUGCUGGGUCCAUGGAUUUUCGGUGCUUUAGGCACCAGUGCAGCUCCAUCUCCUGUUUUGUACUUGUAAUAAUGUUGAAGUUGUUCUAUGGAUGAUGAGAUAUCUAUAUUAAUGUUGUAAUUUACACGUGCAGCAGAUGAUGCCAUCUUUAUGAUAAUAUUAAGAAUGAAAAGUUUUGUGAUAUGGAA